AUAGAUACGACGGACUGCCCUUCACUCAACAACAUCGAGCUCAUUGACAUUUUCAGGUGGUGCCGUUCCUCUCUCCAGCCGAUAGCAUCGCACAGGUUCCCUAACGAGACACUUAUCUAUCAUGGCUACAUCGGAUGCGCCCCGAUGUACCCAACCAUUGCAAUUUCGCUCCGUACUCUUGCCGCCUUCCAGCAAUGUCAUCGAGCCUGUCCUCGCUUCAGUAUCCAGGCACAGUGUAGAACACUUUGUUUCCUUCAUGAUAUUCCUUACCGGCCCUACCUCAAUACACAAUUCUCGGCCGCUUACGAUAUUUAUUUGGAAAUCAUCCAUCACGUUGACCAGCGCCUCAAGGCGGCGCUCAAACACGACACUCCCAAUUGGCGCUUACUAAAUUCCUGUCCCGCUUGCUUCUAUAAACUCCAAGAUGAGCCAACCCUUGAUUUCAACUGGCUCGUGUGCGUCGAUGGCAACAAUAGCUUAAAGAGAUGGGAUUCCUCCAUCUAUGGUAACACUGCUUGGUUGGAUUCUCGUCGAGCUCGUUCAGACUACUGGAUUGAUCGUGAAACUGUUGACAAGUAUAAACACGAAGCGAAAUCGUGCGAUAUCAACUCCCAUGAUGAUAACUGGGAGGAAGAGCCAGUUGACGCUAGCACUAACCCUUCUAAUGUGCUCACUUGUGUUGAUCGAUGGCGCAAUGCUGGCCCUGAGACUCGUAAAAAAAUGUUUUCCGUGUUUCAUGAGUCUGGGAUCUUUAUCGCUGCUUGUCGCCACCGCUUCAUACUUCUAGCUUGCGACAUGGUUCAGAGUGGCGAGCUAGCUAAAUAUCCGCUGGCGCUCAUUGACAAGCUCCUCACUGUAUAUGGAAAGAACGGGGGCUGUGCUUAUGAUAUCGGAUGCGCCUUCUCAAAGACCCUGAGCAAUAGUUCCUUCGGCUCUCGAGCGCACGAUCUUGGUUUUCGGAUGAUGGUCGGGUCCUUUCAUGGCCACGCACACAACCGCAAAUGCCAGUUACGUUGGCAUCCAAUGUAUAUUCCUGGAACGGGACACACUGAAGGCAAAGGUUGUGAACACGUUUUCUCUGCUUCCAAUGAGCUUGCUCGUAGUACUAGACAUGCCAGUUCCUUCCAUCGACAUCAAUCUAUCGAGGAACACUUCUCAUUUUGGGAUCAAGACAAGUACGCUAGCCUUAGUUUGUAUAUUCCACUUUAG